AUGAGUGGCGAGGAUGAAGAAAAAAAGUUGAAAUUGAAGCGAAAUUCUUCUCGGUUAAGCAAUUUUCAACGCGACCUUAUGGCGGGUGCGUUGAUGGGUGGUGCGAUUCAUACGCUUGUGGCCCCGAUUGAGAGGGCGAAAUUGUUGUUGCAGACGCAGGAGAGUAACUUGGCUAUUGUUGCUAGUGGUCGGAGAAAAUUCAAAGGGAUGUUUGAUUGUAUAAUUCGGACUGUUAAGGAAGAAGGUGUUGUUUCUUUGUGGCGUGGGAAUGGGAGUAGUGUUCUUCGAUAUUAUCCUUCUGUUGCACUCAAUUUCUCUCUUAAGUGUUUUUUUUUCCAACAGGAUCUUUACAGAAGCAUAUUAAGGGGUGGGAACUCUGAUGCCGAUAAUUUUUUCUCUGGUGCAUCCGCUAAUUUUGUUGCCGGAUCUGCAGCAGGUUGUACAUCACUUAUCUUGGUAUACCCCCUUGAUAUCGCACACACCCGCCUUGCCGCUGACAUCGGGAGGACGGAAGUGCGCCAAUUCCGAGGCAUUUACCAUUUCUUGGCCACGAUAUUCCAAAAAGACGGGGUUCGGGGAAUUUACAGGGGCCUUCCUGCAUCACUACACGGUAUGGUGGUUCAUAGAGGUCUUUACUUCGGAGGGUUUGAUACCAUAAAAGAGAAGUUGUCUGAAGAAUCUAAACCUGAGUUGGUGCUGUGGAAACGUUGGAUGGUAGCUCAAGCAGUUACAACCUCAGCCGGUCUGAUAUCAUAUCCGCUAGACACAGUUCGUAGGAGGAUGAUGAUGCAGUCUGGCAUGGAACAUCCGGUGUACACUAGCACCCUCGACUGCUGGAGGAAAAUCUAUCGAACAGAGGGAUUGGUUUCGUUUUACCGUGGCACGGUUUCGAAUGUGUUUAGGAGCACUGGAGCUGCAGCUAUCUUAGUCUUGUAUGAUGAGGUCAAGAAAUUUAUGAAUUGGGGAGGAUUGUGA